AUGGAGGCCAGCCAGCCCCCCUCCCUCCCCCAGUCACUGGUCUUCAGCAACUCCAAGCAGGGUGGGCCGCUGUCCCAACCCACCUCCAGCAGCACCUCCUACACCCAGCACAGCAUGGUGAGCCCACAGGACACACACAAAACGGUUUCCACUCUAUUCUAAAUGUUUUCCCCCUUCUGUUUUAUUAACCCAUCCACCACCCCACCCCCUCUUCGGAGGACAUAUAUAUAUAUAUAUAUAUAUAUAUUUUUUUUUUUUUUUUUUUUUUUUACAGCUUUUCUGCUACAUAUACAUAUACAUGUUGCAUACACAUUUUACAUACAUGGUACUUUUAUAUAAAGCGGUCACAUAACAAUAAUACAUUACCAAACAUAAGCUCUUUAAUCCCACCCCUAAGCAACUCUCAACCCAUCCCACCUAUCACCAUAGACCACCCUCUUUUGGUUUCCAUGUGCCAUAUAUUUUUCAAUUGUGAUGUUUUACAUACAUUUUAAACCUUUCUAAUCGUAUAGUGUCCAAAGAUUGAGCUAAAGAUGAUAACCUUUCCUACGAGUAUUAUUAUAUUAUUUAUUGACUAUGGCUUUCCAAAUCACCCAACACUGCUAUUUGUAAGGGUAGUUUUAAGUGAAUGUUGUGAUUUUUUUUUUUUACCAUUCCUGAACCUGUGACCAGAAACAAGCUACAUAGGGGCAAUACCAGAAUAAAUGAUCUAGUGAUUCUCUCUUUGCAGCAAAAUCUACAGAGCUUAGAUUGUUGUAUGCCCCAUAUACAUACAUACAUACAUACAUACAUACAUACAUACAUACAUACAUACAUACAUACAUACAUACAUACAUACAUACAUACAUACAUACAUACAUACAUAAGUAUUUAGUCAGCCACCAAUUGUGCAAGUUCUCCCACUUAAAAAGAUGAGGCCUGUAAUUUUCAUCAUAGGUACACGUCAACUAUGACAGACAAAUUGAGAAGAAAAAAAAAUCUAGAAAAUCACAUUGUAGGAUUUUUAAUGAAUUUAUUUGCAAAUUAUGGUGGAAAAUAAGUAUUUGGUCACCUACAAACAAGCAAGAUUUCUGGCUCUCACAGACCUGUAACUUCUUAACAAAAGUUUCUCUACUUUAUUAUAUACCCUUUGUUGGCAAUGACACAGAUCAAACGUUUUCUGUAAGUCUUCACAAGGUUUUCACACACUGUUGCUGGUAUUUUGGCCCAUUCCUCCAUGCAGAUCUCCUCUAGAGCAGUGAUGUUUUGGGGCUGUCGCUGGGUAACACGGACUUUCAACUCCCUCCAAAGAUUUUCUAUGGGGUUGAGAUCUGGAGACUGGCUAGGCCACUCCAGGACCUUGAAAUGCUUCUUACGAAGCCACUCCUUCGUUGCCCGGGCGGUGUGUUUGGGAUCAUUGUCAUGCUGAAAGACCCAGCCACGUUUCAUCUUCAAUGCCCUUGCUGAUGGAAGGAGGUUUUACAUUUACAUUUUAGUCAUUUAGCAGACGCUCUUAUCUAGAGCGACUUUAUCUUUUUAUUUUUUAUUUUUUUAUUAAUUUUUUUAUACUGGCCCCCCGUGGGAAUUGAACCCACAACCCUGGCGUUGCAAACGCCAUGCUCUACAUCCCUGCCGGCCAUUCCCUCCCCUACCCUGGACGACGCUGGGCCAAUUGUGCGGCGCCCCAUGGGUCUCCCGGUCGUGGCCGGCUACGACAGAGCCUGGAUUCACUCAAAAUCUCACGAUACAUGGCCCCAUUCAUUCUUUCCUUUACACGGAUCAGUCGUCCUGGUCCCUUUGCAGAAAAACAGCCCCAAAGCAUGUUGUUUCCACCCCCAUGCUUCACAGUAGGUAUGGUGUUCUUUGGAUGCAACUCAGCAUUCUUUGUCCUCCAAACAAGACGAGUUGAGUUUUUACCAAAAAGUUCUAUUUUGGUUUCAUCUGACCAUAUGACAUUCUCCCAAUCCUCUUCUGGAUCAUCCAAAUGCACUCUAGCAAACUUCAGACGGGCCUGGACAUGUACUGGCUUAAGCAGGGGGACACGUCUGGCACUGCAGGAUUUGAGUCCCUGGCGGCGUAGUGUGUUACUGAUGGUAGGCUUUGUUACUUUGGUCCCAGCUCUCUGCAGGUCAUUCACUAGGUCCCCACGUGUGGUUCUGGGAUUUUUGCUCACCGUUCUUGUGAUCAUUUUGACCCCACGGGGUGAGAUCUUGCGUGGAGCCCCAGAUCGAGGGAGAUUAUCAGUGGUCUUGUAUGUCUUCCAUUUCCUAAUAAUUGCUCCCACAGUUGAUUUCUUCAAACCAAGCUGCUUACCUAUUGCAGAUUCAGUCUUCCCAGCCUGGUGCAGGUCUACAAUUUUGUUUCUGGUGUCCUUUGACAGCUCUUUGGUCUUGGCCAUAGUGGAGUUUGGAGUGUGACUGUUUGAGGUUGUGGACAGGUGUCUUUUAUACUGAUAACAAGUUCAAACAGGUGCCAUUAAUACAGGUAACGAGUGGAGGACAGGGGAGCCUCUUAAAGAAGAAGUUACAGGUCUGUGAGAGCCAGAAAUCUUGCUUGUUUGUAGGUGACCAAAUACUUAUUUUCCACCAUAAUUUGCAAAUAAAUUCAUUAAAAAUCCUACAAUGUGAUUUUCUAGAUUUUUUUUUUUCUCAAUUUGUCUGUCAUAGUUGACGUGUACCUAUGAUGAAAAUUACAGGCCUCAUCUUUUUAAGUGGGAGAACUUGCACAAUUGGUGGCUGACUAAAUACUUUUUUCCCCCACUAUAUAUAUAUAUAUAUAUAACUCUCUCACAAAAGUGAGUACACCCCUCACAUUUUUGUAAAUAUUUGAGUAUAUCUUUUCAUGUGACAACACUGAAGAAAUUACACUUUGCUACAAUGUAAAGUAGUGAGUGUACAGCUUGUAUCAGUGUAAAUUUGCUGUCCCCUCAAAAUAACUCAACACACAGCCUUUAAUGUCUAAACCGCUGGCAACAAAAGUGAGUACACCCCUAAGUGAAAAUGUCCAAAUUGGGCCCAAUUAGCCAUUUUCCCUCCCCGGUGUCAUGUGAAUCGUUAUUGUUACAAAGUCUCAGGUGUAAAUGGGGAGCUGGUGUGUUAAAUUUGGUGUCAUCGCUCUCACACUCCCUCAUACUGGUCAGUGGAAGUUCAACAUGGCACCUCAUGGCAAAGAACUCUCUGAGGAUCUGAAAAAAAGAAUUGUUGUUCUACAUAAAGAUGGCCUGGCCUAUAAGAAGAUUGCCAAGACCCUGAAACUGAGCGGCAGCACGUUGGCCAAGACCAUACAGCGGUUUAACAGGACAGGUUCCACUCAGAACAGGCCUCGCCAUGGUCGACCAAAGAAGUUGAGUGCACAUGCUCAGCGUCAUAUCCAGAGGUUGUCUUUGGGAAAUCGACGUAUGAGUGCUGCCAGCAUUGCUGCAGAGGUUGAAGGGGUGGGGGGUCAGCCUGUCAGUGCUCAGACCAUACGCCGCACACUGCAUCAAAUUGGUCUGCAUGGCUGUCGUCCCAGAAGGAAGCCUCUUCUAAAGAUGAUGCACAAGAAAGCCCGCAAACAGUUUGCUGAAGACAAGCAGACUAAGGACAUGGAUUACUGGAACCAUGUCCUGUGGUCUGAUGAGACCAAGAUAAACUUAUUUGGUUCAGAUGGUGUCAAGCGUGUGUGGCUGCAACCAGGUGAGGAGUACAAAGACAAGUGUGUCUUGCCUACAGUCAAGCAUGGUGGUGGGACUGUCAUGGUCUGGGGCUGCAUGAGUGCUGCCGGCACUGGGGAGCUACAGUUCAUUGAGGGAACCAUGAAUGCCAACAUGUACUGUGACAUACUGAAGCAGAGCAUGAUCCCCUCCCUUCAGAGACUGGACCGCAGGGCAGUAUUCCAACAUGAUAACGACCCUAAACACACCUCCAAGACAACCACUGCCUUGCUAAAGAAGCUGAGGGUAAAGGUGAUGGACUGGCCAAGCAUGUCUCCAGACCUAAACCCUAUUGAGCAUCUGUGGGGCAUCCUCAAACGGAAGGUGGAGGAGUGCAAGGUCUCUAACAUCCACCAGCUCCGUUAUGUCGUCAUGGAGGAGUGGAAGAGGACUCCAGUGGCAACCUGUGAAGCUCUGGUGAACUCCAUGCCCAAGAGGGUUAAGGCAGUGCUGGAAAAUGAUGGUGGCCACACAAAAUAUUGACACUUUGUGCCCAAUUUGCACAGGGGUGUACUCACUUUUGUUGCCAGCGGUUUAGACAUUAAUGGCUGUGUGUUUAGUUAUUUUGAGGGGACAGCAAAUUUACACUGAUACAAGCUGUACACUCACUACUUUACAUUGUAGCAAAGUGUCAUUUCUUCAGUGUUGUCACAUGAAAAGAUACUCAAAUAUCUACAAAAAUGUGAGGGGUGUACUCACUUUUGUGAGAUACUGUGUGUGUGUGUGUGUGUGUGUGUGUGUGUGUGUGUGUGUGUGUGUAUGUGUAUAUAUAUAUAUAUAUAUAUACACACACACACACACACACACACACACACACACACACACACACACAGUGGGGAGAACAAGUAUUUGAUACACUGCCGAUUUUGCAGGUUUUCCUACUUACAAAGCAUGUAGUGGUCUAAUUUUUAUCAUAGGUACACUUCAACUGUGAGAGACGGAAUCUAAAACAAAAAUCCAGAAAAUCACAUUGUAUGAUUUUUAAGUAAUUCAUUUGCAUUUUAUUGCAUGACAUAAGUAUUUGAUACAUCAGAAAAGCAGAACAUAAUAUUUGGUACAGAAACCUUUGUUUGUAAUUACAGAGAUCAUACGUUUCCUGUAGGUCUUGACCAGGUUUGCACAUACUGCAGCAGGGAUUUUGGCCCACUCCUCCAUACAGACCUUCUCCAGAUCCUUCAGGUUUCGAGGCUGUCGCUGGGCAAUACGGACUAUCAGCUCCCUCCAAAGAUUUUCUAUUGGGUUCAGGUCUGGAGACUGGCUAGGCCACUCCAGGACCUUGAGAUGCUUCUUACGGAGCCACUCCUUAGUUGCCCUGGCUGUGUGUUUCAGGUCGUUGUCAUGCUGGAAGACCCAGCCACAACCCAUCUUCAAUGCUCUUACUGAGGGAAGGAGGUUGUUGGCCAAGAUCUCGCGAUACAUGGCCUCAUCCAUCCUCCCCUCAAUACGGUGCAGUCGUCCUGUCCCCUUUGCAGAAAAGCAUCCCCAAAAAAUGUUUCCACCUCCAUGCUUCAUGGUUGGGAUGGUGUUCUUGGGGUUGUACUCAUCCUUCUUCUUCCUCCAAACAUGGUGAGUGGAGUUUAGACCAAAAAGCUCUAAUUUUGUCUCAUCAGACCACAUUACCUUCUCCCAUUCCUCCUCUGGAUCAUCCAGAUGGUCAUUGGCAAACUUCAGACAGGCCUGGACAUGCGCUGGCUUGAGCAGGGGGACCUUGCAUGCGCUGCAGGAUUUUAAUCCAUGAUGGCGUAGUGUGUUACUAAUGGUUUUCUUUGAGACUGUGGUCCCAGCUCUCUUCAGGUCAUUGACCAGGUCCUGCUGUGUAGUUCUGGGCUGAUCCCUCACCUUCCUCAUGAUCAUUGAUGCCCCACGAGGUGAGAUCUUGCAUGGAGCCCCAGACCGAGGGUGAUUGACCAUCAUCUUGAACUAUUUUCUAAUAAUUGCGCCAACAGUCGUUGCCUUCUCACCAAGCUGCUUGCCUAUUGUCCUGUAGCCCAUCCCAGCCUUGUGCAGGUCUACAAUUGUAUCUCUGAUGUCCUUACACAGCUCUCUGGUCUUGGCCAUUGUGGAGAGGUUGGAGUCUGUUUGAGUGUGUGGACAGGUGUCUUUUAUACAGGUAAUGAGUGGAGAACAGGAGGGCUUCUUAAAGAAAAACUAACAGGUCUGUGAGAGCCGGAAUUCUUACUGGUUGGUAGGUGAUCAAAUACUUAUGUCAUGCAAUAAAAUGCAAAUUAAUUACUUAAAAAUCAUACAAUGUGAUUUUCUGGAUUUUUGAUUUAGAUUCCGUCUCUCACAGUUGAAGUGUACCUAUGAUAAAUAUUACAGACCUCUACAUGCUUUGUAAGUAGGAAAACCUGCAAAAUCGGCAGUGUAUCAAAUACUUGUUCUCCCCACUGUGUGUGUGUGUGUGUGUGUGUGUGUGUGUGUGUGUGUGUGUGUAUAUAUAUAUAUAUAUAUAUAUAUAUAUAUAUAUAUAUAUAUAUAUAUAUAUAUAUAUAUAUAUAUAUAUAUAUAUAUACUACCAUUCAAAAGGUUGGGGUCACUUAAACGUCCUUGUUUUCUAAAGAAAAGCACUUUUUUUUGUCCAUUAAAAUGACAUCAAAUUGAUCAGAAAUACAGUGUAGACUGUUAAUGUUUGUUGAUGGCUAUUGUUGCUGGAAAUGACUGAUUUAAAAAAAAAAAUGGAAUAUCUACAUAGGCGUACAGAGGCCCAUUUAUCAGCAACCAUCAGUCCUGUGUUCCAAUGGCACGUUGUGUUUGCUAAUCCAAGUUUAUCAUUUUAAAAGGCUAAUUGAUCAUUAGAAAACCCUUUUGCAAUCAUGUUAGCACAGCUGAAAACUUGUGCUGAUUAAAGAAGCAAUAAAACUGGCCUUCUUGAGACUAGUUGAGUAUCUGGAGCAUCAGCAAUUGUGGGUUCGAUUACUGGCUCAAACUGUCCGGAAACAAAUAACUUUCUUCUGAAACGUGUCAGUCUAUUCUUGUUCUGAGAAAUGAAGGCUAUUCCAUGCAAGAGAGUGCCAAGAAACUGAAGAUCUCGUACAAUGCAGUGUACUACUCCCUUCACAGAACAGCGCAAACUGGUUCUAACCAGAAUAGAAAGAGGGGUGGGAGGCCCCGGUGCACAACUGAGCAAGAGGACCAAUACGUUAGUGUCUAGUUUGAGAAACGGACGCCUCACAGGUCCUCAACUGGCACCUUCAUUAAAUAGUACCCGCAAAACACCAGUCUCAACGUCAACAGUGAAGAGGCGACUCCGGGAUGCUGACCUUCUAGGCUGAGUUGCAAAGAAUAAGCCAUAUCUCAGACUAACCAAUAAAAAGAAAAUAUUUAAGAUGGGCAAAGGAACACAGACACUGGACAGAGGAAGAUUGGAAAAAAGUGUUAUGGACAGACGAAUCGAAGUUUGACGUGUUCGGAUCACAAAGAAGAACAUUUGUGAGACUCAGACCAAAUGAAAAGAUGCUGGAUGAGUGUUUGAUGCCAUUUGUCAAGCAUGGGUGGAGGCAAUGUGAUGGUAUGGGGGUGCUUUGGUGGUGGGAAAGUGGGGGAUUUGUACAGGGUAAAAGGGAUCUUGAAGAAGGAAGGCUAUCACUCCAUUUUGCAACGCCAUGCCAUACCCUGUGGACGGCGCUUGAUUGGAGCCAAUUUCCUCCUACAACAGGACAAUGACCCAAAGCACAGCUCAGCUCCAAACUAUGCAAGAACUAUUUAGGGAAGAAGCAGUCAGCUGGUAUUCUGUCUAUAAUGGAGUGGCCAGCACAGUCACCGGAUCUCAACUCUAUUGAGGCCAAAUCCAAGAUGGCGUAGCAGUGCGUCAUGUUUUUUUUCUGUGUCCUUGUAUAAAUAGCCUGUUUUUUUUGUCUAUUUUGUAUACCGUAUUUUCCGCACUAUAAGGCGCACUUAAAAGCCUUUAAUUUUCUCAAAAAACGACAGUGCGCCUUAUAAUCCGGAGCGCUUUAUAUAUGGAUCAAUUGGUUAAUUGGUUGAUCCAUACUGGUUGUACACGGCGCUCAAGGUGCUCUGUCAAAAUGUUUCAGUAUGAAAAACCAAUAAAAACAAUUUAAUAAUAAUGAAAUGUUUCAGUACGACUGGUAAACUACAAAGCCGCACCACUUGCAGCAUUACGGUAGCCAGUACACACCGGUAUUGUGCUUACUCACAGUCCCACACCACUUGUGUGUGUAUAAAGACCCCAAAAUGGCACCUUUCAAGAGACACGCUUACGACGCAGAGUUCAAGCUCAAGGCUGUCGGUCAUGCAGUAGAAUAUGGGAAUAGAGCAGCAGCGAGAGAAUUCAACAUUAAUGAAUCAAUGGUACGGAAGUGGAGGAAGCAAGAAGAUGACCUGCGCCAAGUAAAGAAGACUAAACAGAGUUUCCGCGGGAACAAAGCGAGAUGGCCACAGUUAGAGAACAAACUCGAACAGUGGGUUGUUGAACAGAGAGCAGCAAGUAGAAGCGUCUCUACAGUCACUAUUCGAAUGAAGGCAACAGCGCUAGCACGGGACAUGACAAUCGAUGAAUUUCGAGGCGGUCCUUCUUGGUGCUUUCGUUUUAUGAAAAGACGUAAUCUCUCCAUCCGCACACGAACUACCGUCUCGCAGCAACUGCCAAAAGAUUACCAAGAAAAGCUGGUCACUUUCCGCGCAUACUGCAAAAAGAAGAUCACUGAAAAGAAGAUCCGGCCAGAGCACAUCACCAACAUGGACGAGGUUCCACUCACCUUUGAUAUUCCCGUGAACCGCACUGUGGAGAAAACGGGGACCAGUACGGUGUCUGUACGUACCACAGGGAAUGAGAAGUCAUCCUUCACUGUAGUUCUCGCCUGCCAGGCUAAUGGCCAGAAACUUCCACCCAUGAUUAUUUUCAAGAGGAAGACCUUGCCAAAAGAGAACUUUCCAGCCGGCGUCGUCAUCAAAGCUAGCCCGAAGGGAUGGAUGGAUGAGGAAAAGAUGAGUGAGUGGCUGAGAGAAAUUUACGUCAAGAGACCGGGUGGCUUUUUCCACACAGCUCCGUCCCUAUUGAUCUACGACUCAAUGCGCGCCCAUAUCACCGAUGCUGUCAAAAAACAAGUGAAGCAAACUAAUUCGGAGCUUGCCGUCAUUCCGGGUGGAUUAACUAAAGAACUCCAGCCGCUAGAUAUUGGUGUCAACAGGGCGUUCAAAGCUAGACUGCGAGCUGCGUGGGAGCAGUGGAUGACAGAAGGCGAACACACGUUCACCAAGACGGGGAGACAGCGCCGGGCGACUUACGCCACUAUCUGCCAAUGGAUCGUGGAUGCCUGGGCUGAUAUAUCGGUCUCAACUGUGGUCAAAGCUUUCACGAAGGCAGGAAUAAUCUCUGAACUGCCAGGCAACAGCAGCGACACUGACUCGGAUAAUGACGAGAGGGAGCCGGGCAGGUUGGAUGCCGUAGUCGCCCAACUGUUCAAUUCGGACACUGAAGAAGAAGAAUUCGAGGGGUUCGUGGAUGGGGAAUGAACUGAAAAAGUGAGCUUUACGUGUUAUAUGUAACUGAACAAUGUUGAGUUAUGCACUAACGUUUGAUUUAGUGGUAUCAGACUGUUUCUUUUACUACGUGUUUACUGAAUCAGGGAAAGGUUCCCCUCCACGUUUGGGAGAAGAGUGAGCAAGGCUGGGAGAUAUUGUUAAUAUGCACAUUAACGUUUGAACAACAUUACCAUGGGAGUGAACGGAGUUGUCAGAACGCUUAAUAAAGUUUGACUUUAUCUGACUGUUUUGUUGACAUUCCUUUUAGCACAGCUCCAUCUAGUGGAUGCAUAACGCAACCCCAGUCAAUUCGUUUGACUACAGUAUCUUCUAUUCUAUGCGCCUUAUAAUCCGGUGCGCCCUAUAUAUGAAAACAGUUCUAAAAUAGGCCAUUCAUUGAAGGUGCGCCUUAUAAUCCGGUGCGCCUUAUAGUGCGGAAAAUACGGUAUAUUUCUCAAUUUUACUUUUCAUUCUUUAACUAAAUAUACUUUCCUGCAAUCCGCCUCACCCAACAUGGAAAGGAUUCUAUUAUUUCUUUAUAACUUUUAUCAAGAACCUUAAGCUGAAACUAGCCUAGCUGCAACCGAAUGGCCACUUGCUAUUAGCCACCCUUAGCGUCUUCACCAUUGUCCGUGGCCUGCACUACCAGCCAGCCAGCUCUAGCUCUAGCCUGGACAAUUUGUCGGCCAGUCUGCACAGCGUGCUAUCGACCCAGAGCAUAUCGGAUUUUCUGCCGCAAUCACUGGACCCUAGCGCCGGAUCAUCGCAACCAGCUAGCUGCAACCAAAUGGCUGUUGUCGUUGGCUAAUUACCAUUGCCCUUUGGCAAGCACCAGUUAGCCUUGAGCUAGCCUCUAGCCAGGCCCAUCUCCCGGCUAUCUACCUCUCUGUCGAUCGGACGGGACCUCCUAGUGUUGACACGGAGCCCCGCCGAUCCAACACGACUGGUUUGCCGAUGAAAUCGUCUGAUGUGGUUUCAACAGGCUUCCCGCAUCCUGUUUAUGUUUAGCCUCAGACCAAACUUUGUCACCAUUACAAGCUGUUGUCUUGGCCCGGGUAUCAUGGAUGGAUAUUGACCUCAUUCCGUCAGUAGAGGAUGCCUGGUUGUUCUUUAAAAGUGCUUUCCUCUCAAUCUUAAAUAAGCAUGCCCCAUUCAAAAAAAGUCUGAACUAAGAACAGAUAUAGCCCCUGGUUCUCCUCAGACUUGACUGCCCUUGACCAGCACAAAAACAUCCUGUGGCGUACUGCAUUAGCAUCGAACAGCCCCCACGAUAUGCAACUUUUCAGGGAAGUCAGGAACCAAUAUACACAAUCAGUUAGGAAAGCAAAGGCUGGCUUUUUCAAACAAAUGUGCAUCCUGUAGCACUAACUCCAAAAAGUUUUGGGACACUGUAAAGUCCAUGGAGAAUAAGAGCACCUCCUCCCAACUGCCCACUGCACUGAGGCUAGGAAACACUGUCACCACCGAUAAAUCUACAAUAAUCGAGAAUUAUGCUUUCCACCUGGCUACCAGUACCCCGGUCACCAGCUCUGCACCCUCCGCUGCAACUUGCCCAUGCCCCCCCCUCUUCAAAAGGGGGUGACACUCUAGAUCACUAAAGACAGUACUGCGCAGCCGUCUUCAUCGACCUGGCCAAGGCUUUCGACGCAUUCUUAUUGGCAGACUAAAUAGCCUUGGUUUCUCAAAUGACUGCCUCGCCUGGUUCACCAACUACUUCUCAGAUAGAGUUCAAUGUGUCAAAUCGGAGGGCCUGUUGUCUGGACCUCUGGCAGUCUCUAUGGGGGUGCCACAGGGUUCAAUUCUCGGGCCGACUCUAUUCUCUGUGUAUAUCAAUGAUGUUGCUCUUGAUGCCGGUUACGCUCGGAUCCACCUCUAUGCGGACGACACCAUUUUGUAUACAUCUGGCCCUUCAUUGGACACUGUGUUAACAAACCUCCAAACGAGCUUCAACGCCUUACAACACUCGUUCCGUAGCCUCCAACUGCUCUUAAACGCUAGUAAAACUAAAUGCAUGCUCUUCAACCGAACGCUGCUUGCACCCGCCCACCCGACUAGAAUCACUACUCUCGGCGGGUCUGACCUAGAGUAUGUGGACAACUACAAAUCCCUAGGUGUCUGGUUAGACUGUAAACUCUCCUUCCAGACUCACAUUAAGCAUCUCCAAUCAAAAGUUCGGCUUCCUAUUUCGCAACAAAGCCUCCUUCACUCAUGCUGCCAAACAUGCCCUCGUAAAACUGACUAUCCUACCGAUCCUUGACUUCGGCGAUGUCAUUUACAAAAUAGCCUCCAACACUCUACUCAGCAAAUUGGAUGUAGUCUAUCACAGUGCCAUCCGUUUUGUCACCAAAGCCCCAUAUACUAUCCACCAUUGUGACCUGUACGCUCUCGUUGGCUGGCCCUCACAACAUAUUCGUCGCCAAACCCACUGGCUCCAGGUCAUCUAUAAAUCACUGCUAGGCAAAUCCCAGUCUUAUCUUAGCUCACUGGUCAUCAUAGCAACACCCACCCGUAGUAUGCGCUCCAGCAGGUAUAUCUCACUGGUCAUCCCCAAAGCCAACACCUCAUUUGGCCGCCAUUCCUUCCAGUUCUCUGCUGCCAAUGACUGGAACGAACUGCAAAAAUCUCUGAAGCUGGAGACUUAUCUCCCUCACUAACUUUAGGCGUCAGUUGUGAAAGCAGCUUACCGAUCACUGCACCUGUACACAGCCCAUCUGUAAUUAGCCUAUCCAACUACCUCAUCCCCAUAUUGUUAUUUAUUUUGCUAAUUUGCACCCCAGUAUCUCUAUUUGCACAUCAUCUUUUGCACAUCUAUCAGUCCAGUGUUAAUACGAAAUUAUAACAAUUUUGCACUAUGGCCUAUUUAUUGCCUUACCUCCAUAAUUUUCUACAUUCGCACACACUGUAUAUAUAUUUUCUGUUGUAUUUUUGACUUUGUUUUGUUUACCCCAUAUGUAACGCUGUGUCGUUGUUUUUAUCGCACUGCUUUGCUUUAUCUUGGCAAGGUCACAGUUGUAAAUGAGAACUUGUUCUCAACUUGCUUACCUGGUUAAAUAAAGGUGAAAUAAAAAAUAAAAAAAUUGAGCUGUUGUGGGAGCAGCUUGACCGUAUGGUACGUAAGAAGUGCCCAUCAAGCCAAUCUAACUUGUGGGAGGUUCUUCAGGAAGCAUGGGGUGAAAUCUCUUCAGAUUACCUCAACAAAUUGUCUGUCUGUGACCCCAAACUUUUGAACGGUUAUGUGUGUGUGUGUGUGUGUGUAUGUAUGUAUGUGUAUGUAUAUAUAUAUAUAUAUAUAUAUAUAUAUAUAUAUAUAUAUAUAUAUAUAUAUAUAUAGAUAGAUAGAUAGAUAGAUAGAUAGAUAGAUAGAUAGAUAGAUAGAUAGAUAGAUAGAUAUCUCAGCAACAAAAGAAACGUCCUCUCACUGUCAACUGCGUUUAUUUUCAGCAAACUUAAUGUGUAAAUAUUUAUAUGAACAUAACAAGAUUCAACAACUGAGAUAUACACUGAACAAGUUCCAUAGACAUGUGACUAACAGAAAUGGGGUAAAGUGUCACUGAACAAAGGGGGGUCAAAAUCAAAAGGAACAGUCAGUAUCUGGUGUGGCCACCAGCUGCAUUAAGUACUGCAGUGCAUCUCCUCCUCAUGGACUGCACCAGAUUUGUCAGUUCUUGCUGUGAGAUGUUACCGCACUCUUCCACCAAGGCACCUGAAGUCUGGGGGGAAUGGCCCUAGCCCUCACCCUCCGAUCCAACAGGUCCCAGACGUGCUCAAUGGGAUUGAGAUCCGGGCUCUUCGCUGGCCAUUGCAGAACACUGACAUUCCGGUCUUGCAGGAACUCACGCACAGAACAAGCAGUAUGGCUGGUGGUAUUGUCAUGCUGUAGGGUCAUGUCAGGGUGAGCCUGCAGGAAGGGUACCACAUGAGGGAGGAGGAUGUCUUCCCUGUAACGCACAGCGUUGAAAUUGCCUGCAAUGACAACAAGCUCAGUCUGAUGAUGCUGUGACACACCGCCCCAGACCAUGACGGACCCUCCACCUCCAAAUCGAUCCCGCUCCAGAGUCAGGCCUCGUUGUAACGCUCAUUCCUUUGACGAUAAACGCAAAUCCUCCGACCAUCACCCCUGGUGAGACAAAACCGCGACUCGUCAGCGAAGAACACUUUUUGCCAGUCCUGUCUGGUCCAGAGAUGGUGGGUUUGUGCCCAUAGGCGACGUUGUUGCCGGGGAUGUCUGUUGAGGACCUGCCUUACAACAGGCCUACAAGCCCUCAGUCCAGCCUUUCUCAGCCUAUUGCGGACAGUCUGAGCACUGAUGGAGGGAUUGUGCGUUCCUGGUGUAACUCUGGCAGUUGUUGUUGCCAUCCUUUACCUGUCCCGCAGGUGUGAUGUUCGGAUGUACCGAUCCUGUGCAGGUGUUGUUACACGUGGUCUGCCACUGCGAGGACGAUCAGCUGUCCGUCCUGUCUCCCUGUAGCGCUGUCUUAGGCGUCUCACAGUACGGACAUUGCCAUUUAUUGCCCUGGCCACAUCUGCAGUCCUCAUGCCUCCUUGCAGCAUGCCUAAGGCGCGUUCACGCAGAUGAGCAGGGACCCUGGGCAUCUUUCUUUUGGAGUCAGUAGAAAGGCCUCUCUUAGUGUCCUAGAUUUUCAUAACUGUGACCUUAAUUGCCUACCGUCUGUAAGCUGUUAGUGUCUUAACGACCGUUCCACAGGUGCAUGUUCAUUAAUUGUUUAUGGUUAAUUGAAAAAGCAUGGUAAACAGUGUUUAAACCCUUUACAAUGAAGAUCUGUGAAGUUAUUUGGAUUUUUACGAAUUAUCUUUGAAAGACAGGGUCCUGAUAAAGGGACGUUUCUUUUUUUGCAGAGAGAUAUAUAUAUAUAUUCCCAAUAAAAGGAAAUAUAUAUAUAUUCCCAAUAAAAGGAAAUAUAUAUAUAUAUUCCCAAUAAAAGGAAAUAUAUAUAUAUAUAUAUAUAUAUAUAUAUAUCCAAUAAAAGGAAAUAUAUAUAUAUAUAUAUUCCCAAUAAAAGGAAAUAUAUAUAUAUUCCCAAUAAAAGGAAAUAUAUAUAUAUAUUCCCAAUAAAAGGAAAUAUAUAUAUAUAUAUAUAUAUAUAUAUCCAAUAAAAGGAAAUAUAUAUAUAUAUAUAUUCCCAAUAAAAGGAAAUAUAUAUAUAUAUAUAUUCCCAAUAAAAGGAAAUAUUUUUUGCUCAUAUGAUUUUUUUAAACAAGUCGUUUGCAGUAGGCAGUGCCGUUAGUAAGUUAACUGUGAUAUGAUCAAAGUUAAUCAAUGUGAUUUUUCCAUAAAUAGACAUUUAGUUCUCCAUGGAAUCUUAUCUAUUUUUGCAAACUUUCUAUUGAAAUUGAUUGUGGUAAGUUCAUUUAUAUUUUUUGAGAUGUGAAUACCAAGUAUGUCUACUUCACAAUCUGCCCAUUUUAUUGGUAAAUUAGUAGUAGUGUAAACACUGUCUUUUAACAAUCAAUACGUAAUAUGGUACAGUUGUCAUAAUUAGGUUUUAGUCCAGAGAGGCUAGAAAAGUGAUCAAGAUCGUCAAUUAGACUGCAGGGAUCCAGAUUGCGGACUUAAGAAAAAAACUUCAGUCAUCACAUUGACACUUGUUUUUGUUUUUAUCCCCUGGAUUUCUAACACCUUGAUGUUCUUGGUGGAUCUAAUUUUAAUAGCUAGCAUUUCAAUGGCCAUAAUAAAUAGAUAUGGAGACAACGGACAGCCUUGUUUUACUCCUCUUAAAAGCUCAAUACUUUCUGAGAAGUAACCAUUAUUUACUAUUUUACAUCUGGGGUUGAUGUACAUAACUUUAACCCAUUGUGUAAGAGAUUCACCGAAAUUAAAGUAAUCCAGGCAUUUAUAUAUAAAUUCUAGUCUUACUUUAUCAAACGCCUUUUCAAAAUCUGCUAUGAAGACCAGGCCUGGUAUCUUUUGAUGUUUCAUAAUGUUCAAUUGUUUCAAGUAAUUGUCGUAUAUUGUCCAGGUAAAAAACCUGUCUGAUCAGGAUGAACAAUAUCUGGUAAAACCUUUUUUAUUCUGUGCUAUGCAUUUUGCCAGGAUUUUCGCAUCACAACAUUGAAGUGUAAGAGGCCUCCAGUUUUCUUCAGUUUUAGUGACUACUUAAGUGUUGUAGCUAAUGUUGCACGGUAUUCCGGCGCCACGGUAAUAUCGCGGUACCAAAAUGUCAUGAUACCUAUGAUAGCAACUUUUUUAUAUACUGUAGUACAGUUUCAUAUGAUACUACUAAAUUGUUCUGCCCUACCAAUCUAAAGAACCCGCUAAAUGUUUUAUAAAGUCAGUUUUGUUUAUACAUUCAGUUAAACAAAUUUAAGCAACAGCCACUAGUCUCUUGUAUGCGCCGGUCCAGUAAUAUCCACUUCACUUUCAUACACAUAUCGUAUCACGUGUGGGAGCUGUAAUCAGCCAGCCAUCAUCCUCUUCUUGCCAUCACUCACCUGCAUCUCUCUGUCCGCUCUUCAUGCACAUCUAUUCCUCAAUCAGUUUUUAAAAUAUAAUUUAGCUGUGAUGGCGAGUGGGGAUGCAGUUACAUUUGUGUAUUUGAUACAUUGGAACAGCAUGCAGAGCGAGCAAAGUUGAUACUUUGUAUAAUUUCAACCCUGGUAUAACCAAGAGCACAGGCCAGUUUCAGUACGCUUUGCAAGUACGCUGUCACGCAGCCUCUGAGUGCCAGGGAGGACAAAUGGAGCACAACAGUGCGACAGGCAUGCUUGUCUCUAGCUCAAACGGUAAAAAAAUAUAUGACCCAUAUUACCAACACUAUCUUUUUUUCUUCCUGUGCGAUUUCGCACGCAUUUGAUGUAAUUUCACAAACCAUGUUGCGGGCUGUUUUUUUAAACUAAUCCAGAGUUUGCUAAUUAGAAUAGCCAUGGAGUAGUCUUGUUGUCUCGGAACAGUUGGUUAUCAAUGUACAUUUAAUCGAAUACAAGAGGUACACGUUUCCCUUUAAGUCUAUUCACCUUGAAGAGUGUGUACAGAACUUUGCGCCAUUCUGCAAUUUCUUUCGGGAACUGAUCAUUCAUUCCUAUUUUCGUGCCAGCAAGUCUUUUUUUUAAAUCCAGGCUUUAAACAUUAUUUUAGCUUUAAAGAAUGCAAAUUUGGCAACUAUUGGGCGCUCGCAUCGCUGUCCUCUUUGUCCGAAAUGGUGUACACGUUCGUGUUUAAUUUUGUCGACAGUAUCGCCUGGGAUCUGUAGCACUUUUAAGAAGGAAUUCUUUCACCACGCUUUCAGGGUCUUCACCCCAAUUUUUUUUAAAUACCAGUAAGUACCAGAUUUUCUCGCAUGGAUCUAUUCUGUAUUCAUAGAAAGGCUUCUCUCAGAAACAUGCUCUCCUUUUUAAGUUCUUUAACGUCCGUUUCAAUAGUAUUGACUCUUUUAGCUUGUUUCUUUCUCCAUUGUCGCAGCUUUUUCGUCACUCAUUUCGAGGCUCGCCUUCAUCUCCUUUAUUUCUUUACUUUAGUUCAAGUACGCCCAAUUUAUCAUUUAUUGAUUUUAGCAGGUCGGUUUCCACUCUUGGCGUACCAGGUGGUGAAAAGCAUAAAUCAUCGGUGUCUAUCGAGGAAUCACGUAGCCUUCUCUUGGUUUGGUUCUCUAUUUCUUUUUUUUGUGUUCCUUUCCGACAUGUUUUGGCUUUGACUGUGUUCGUAAUAUUCAGCAAUAAAGUUCUCUAGCCUUAUACGUUUUUUGGGGUUAUUGUCCAGCUUGAAUGUUAUUGCCCACGAGAAAAUAGAUCAGUGUUGUGCUACUAUUUAGUCAGUUUUAGAGAUAAUGAAUAUUGCGAUUUCUAAUGAGGCAUUCUGCACCACUAUCUUCAGUCCACCAUCACUGCCACAACCUUACGAAUGUAAGGUGUUAGUAAAAUGUUGGUAUCGUGACAACACUAGUUCUAGCUAUAAACCAGCACAGCUGUUCUAUUCUGUUUGACGCUCAUUCCUAAAACGUGCAGAAUUUCAGUUCCUCCUCUUUUGUUCCCAUUGCAGGUGAACAUGCUGCGGAAGGGCUUCGGGGAGGUGGGGGACCCUAAAGGAGGCAGCACAGGGACGACCAGCGGCUCCCAGUUCUUGGAGCAGUUUAAGACGGCCCAGGCCUUGGCCCAGCUGGCCGCCCAGCAGUCCCAGACAGGACAGCCCAACCCCACCCCCUCUUCCUGGGACACCAGCUCCGCAGCGCUAGGCCAGUAUGGUAAGAGGAGAUAUACUGGGACCGUAGGGGUAGUUUGUAUGGUUUUCAAGUAAAGUAGGGGGUGUACAUAGAGGCUAUACUAAUUUGGGUUUGCAGAGCAUUUGAAAUGCCUACAUGACUGGUAUUGUUUCUGGUUAUGAAGAGGAGAUAUCUUAAAUGCCCUAUGCAGGGUUCAGAAUCUGAUGUUAAAAAAAAAAAAAAAAAUGUUUUAUAGCCAUCAGGUGCAGGCCCUACCUUCCUUUCUCCCAUCCCCUUCUCUCCCCCCAGACAUGAAGGCCCAGCCGGAGCCUGCGGUCCACAGCCCCUUCACCAAGCGCCAUCCCUACCAGCCCACCACCUCUGUGUUGGAUGCCUUCCUCCCCCCUUCCUCAGUCUCCUCCUCCCUGCCCUCACAGAGCACCCCAUCGUCCCACAUGGCGCACCCCGCGUCUGCCCUCCCGAAGAUGACGGUGCCCCCCCUGCGGCAGCAGGUGUCACCUGGCUCAUCGGACGCCCAGGGCUCCAGCCCCCUGCCAUUGCAGCAGCACAAGCUCAAGCAACAGAAGAAGAGGACCUCCAUCACCACCAAGGUAACAGCUCAACACUGAUACAAGGACAAUGUAAACCGAGUGAAUGGCCGGUCACGCUGCGCCCAACUUCGAAUUAUUUUCGAUAGUUAACACUUGCUCACUCACAGCAAACAGUGAGCACACAUUCACUUUACUUUCAUCACUCUGUUAGCCUAACACCUAUGUAUCCCUCCCUACCUCUCUUUACUUUUUCAUAACUUAAUUACCUUGCUGUCCCUGACAUUAACCAUAUCUUUAUGAUAUUUGAUUCCAGAUUCCAGCGAUGGCGGUGGAGAUGCCUGGCUCGGCAGACAUCUCUGGGCUGAACCUGCAAUUUGGAGCACUGCAGUUUGGCUCUGAACCUGUGCUCCAGGAGUACGACAGCACCCCAACCACCACCACACCAGGAAGCCAGGUUCAGAACAGCCUCUACACAAGCCCCAGCUGGUGAGCACACAUCUGUCAUACCAGACACUGCAAAAUUGGUGUAAGAUAUGGGUCUUCUACAACUACAACACCACACACAGACCCAUGUGUAGCAUCUCUGUCACUUGGGCCCACUUGAGCUUUGACACUGGACACCUUCUCUUUUCUCAAAGUAGCCCUAUGGCUUUAUCUAAUCUCCCUGCUUCUUCUCCUCCAGUGAUGCGAUUCCCUCCCUCUCCAACCCCAGUCAGAUGGACAUGUACGACCAGAGGGCUCCCCAGGCCCGGCGCUACCCCACCCCCGUCUCCUCCCCGCAGAAAGACAUGCAGAACAAGGUGAGCCUCCAUUCAUUCCUCCAUUCAUAUUGCUCUGCCUCCUUGAGAUUCAUUCCUCUAUUCAUAUUGCUUUGAUUCUUAGAGAAAUAAGAAAUAAAGUAAUUGCUCUGUUUUUCACUUUUCUUUGAUUGGCUCCCUCUGUUAUUGAAUGAACUGUUGCUAUGGAAACUACUCCCCUAAAUUAGUGUACCCUAACAAGCCCACCUGAACUUGUGUUUUUUCAGAAUGGAUUCAAUUCAAUACAGACGCAUUCUGUGGAAGGUGAGUCAUUUUGGUAGCUGUGUGGGUUUGCAGUGAAUGAAGUCUGAAUAUGUGGUGGUCAUGGCAACCGUGUGACGUGGUAAUCCACUAACAAGCAUUGUAAUGCAUUUCAAAAAUCUAAUCACAUUUUAUUUGUCACAUGCGCUGAAUACAACAGGUGUAGACCUUAACGUGAAAUGCUUACUUACAAGCCCUUAACCAACAAUGCAGUUCAAGAAAUAGUUAAGAAAAUAUUUACUAAAUAAACAAAAGUUUUAAAAAAUUAUCAAAAAGUUACACGUAAAUUACAUAACAAUAACGGGGCUAUAUACAGGGGGUAUACCGAGUCAAAGUGCAGGGGUACAGGUUUGUCGAGGUAAUUUGUAAAGUGAAAAUGCAUAGAUAAUAAACAGGGUGACUGGAGUCUUUGACAAUUUUUUGGGCCUUCCUCUGACACCGCCUAGUAUAUACACUACCGUUCAAAAGUUUGGGGUCACUUAGAAAUGUCGUUGUUUUCGAAAGAAAAGCAAUUUUGUUGUCCAUUAAAAUAACAUCAAAUUGAUCAGAAAAUAGUGUAGACAUUGUUAAUGUUGUAAAUGGCUAUUGUAGCUGGAAACGGCUGAUUUUGAUUUUUAAUGGAAUAUCUACAUAGGUGUACAGAGGCCCAUUAUCAGCAACCAUCAGUCCUGUGUUCCAAUGGCACGUUGUUUGCUAAUCCAAGUUGAUCAUUUUAAAAGGCUAAUUGAUCAUUAGAAAAACCUUUUGCAAUUAUGUUAGCACAGCUGAAAACUGUUGUGCUGCUUAAAGAAGCAAUAAAACUGGCCUUCUUGAGACUAGUUGAGUAUCUGGAGCAUCAGCAAUUGUGGGUUCGAUUACAGGCUCACUGCCAGGUCUCUGACCUCCAAACUUGAUAAUGGUGUUGGAGUCAUGCUUGGCCACGCAGUCGUGGGUCAACAGGGAGUACAGGAAGGGACUAAGCACGCACCCCUGAGGGGCCCCAGUGUUGAAGAUCAGCGUAGCAGAUGUGUUGUUGCCUACCCUUACCACCUGGGGGCGGCCCGUCAGGAAGUCCAGGAUCCAGUUGCAGAGGGAGGUGUUUAGCCCAGGUUCCUUAGCUUAGUGAUGAGCUUUGUGGGCACUAUGGUGUUCCUGGAUGUAGGUUAAGUACUCGGGAACCAUGCCUGUUAUUUUGUGGUCCUCUAUUAGUAUUUUACGGCUAUUCAUUCAGUGUCCCUUAAAGCGGAUACAGUUUGGAAUGGCAAUCUGCCCAAUUAGACAGUGUGUAUUGUAGAGCUGUCGUCCAUUUGGGUUGGCACUAAUCCCAGAAUCUCUCUCUAUAUUUCUCUCCCUCUAUGUCCUUUCUGUCUCUCUGUCCAGCUGCAGCAGGCUCUGCAGUGUCUGUGAAGUUGGCCUCUGAUUCGGCCACGCCCGCGUCAGUCUCCAUGGCUACAUUGACGGACAGUGGCUCAGGGCCCGCGUCCUUGUUGAGCACAUCCAAUCAGUCGUCGCACAGCACUCUGGGGCACAAUGAAGACUUGCCCCCGAAUACCAUGCCCCCGCCUCAGCACAGCAAGUAAGAUGGCACCCUGAAUGGUUUGAACGAAGGGCUUGAGUGAUUUGAAGAGUUUGGAUUGUAGUAGUGCCAGUGGAUAGUGGUUCUUUAUUCAACUAAAUUGAUAAUGGACGAUCGGUUGUUCUUUCUCCAGUUCCCUUUCUACACAACAGAACAGUCUCGCUCAAUCCCAAGUCCGCACAUCCAACGCCAGUCUAAUGGUGAGUGUGUGUGAGAUAGAAGAGAGUGCAUUUCCUAUGAUGGAGGAUACAUCAAAUACUUCUUAAUCUAACCUAGUGGGUAUUUAAUCUUGUUUACCAUAACCAUCUCCUCUUCUCUCCAUUCAUCCAUCCUGACAGCACCAGAGAGUAGACGACUCCAGCUUGCACUCUUCCUCCUUCCCUUCCUCUGUCUCGGUGGUCCCCUCUUCCUCGGUCCCCUCUUCCUCGUCGGUGGUUGCAGCAGCGCAUCAGGUCUCCAUGGGGGCCCCUCAGCCCUCUUCAGUGAACACAGUGUCUCAGUCAGCCCCCUCAGGCCUGGGCCCCGUCAGCAGCCUAGCAGCCAUGGGCCUCCACACAGCAGCCUCCAUGGGACCUCCAGCUGUAGCCUCGGCAGCCAUGUCCACAGCAGCACAAGCCCAGGCUAUCGCUUCCUCCGCCUCCUCACGCAGCUCUGCAGUCUCCUCAGGUUAGAGGGGUUGUUGGUUAAGGGGAUUGCGUCCCAAAUGGCACCCUGUUCCCUAUAUAGUGCACUACUUUUGACUGGAGCCCUAUGGGCCCUGGUCUAAUGUAGUGCACUAUAUAGGGAAUAGGGUGCCAUUUGGGAUGCAGCCGGGGGUCUGUGGUUUAGAUUUGAGAUGUGAUGGGGUGUGUUGUAUAUGUUUAGUUUUUUCUAAUACAAUAAUUUCCAUCCUAUUAUUUCAUAUGUUUUGUCUUUUGUUUCUGCUGGUCUCUUUACAGGGAAAGCACCUCCUAACCUUCCUCCUGGAGUGCCCCCUCUGCUGCCCAACCCAUACAUUAUGGCCCCCGGACUACUGCACGCCUACCCUGUAAGUACUCCUCACUGUCUCUGUCAACUAAACCUGCCUUUAGGUCAUGGAAAUCAUGAGGUCUAUCUAAGUGUGAGUGACCGCCUAUAUCUGCGCAUAUCGUCCAAAAUUCUAUAUUCUGUUUUUUACACUUUUUAUAAAAGUUCAUAUUUAGAGCUUCGUAAUGGUAUACUGCAAUUGGAGGGAAAAUCCCAACUUUUUUUCUCCCUUUCUAUUGUCGUCUCACCGCCUUGUGUGUCUCAGCCUCAGGUGUACGGCUAUGAUGACCUACAGAUGCUCCAGACUAGAAUACCACUGGUGAGUCUAAGCUAUCUGGAUGUAACCCGUCCAUGUGUGGACUGGCCAAAUAUGACUUUUACUAGUAACUCUAACAACAGCUGCAAACUGUUAUUUGAAGAAGUGAACAACUGUUCUUGGAACUCUCAUUUGUUUCCAGGAACUUUGCUAUGUUGCGACGUGAUGAAAAUGGGAUGUAGUCUGAUAGUCCUUUCGUACUAGUAAAAACUGAGCCUCUUCUGUCUUCUCAGGAUUACUACAGCAUCCCGUUUGCCACCCCCAACACAGCACUGACUGGCAGAGAUGGCAGCCUGAGCAACAACCCUUACUCUGGUAACCACCACUCUAACCCCCAUCUAUGAUGUCUUACUCUACUUUCCUAAUCUAUGGAUUAUGUACAGAGUGCUAACACAGUGAAUGGAGGGGUUUGGUGUUGGGAACAAACACGCAUCAGUUGACCCUGUCCUGCGUCUCCAUGGCGAUGCAGGGGGACAGUGGCGUGUUAGAACAAUGUGCAGCCGGCACCAGAUACAGUCAGACCUUGUGACUGACUGGAACUGAUACGCUGCUACGUUAUUGUCCAUUGUACUGCUGUAAUAACUGAUCUCAGUGAAUCGCAUUACCGUUGCUUGAACACAAUGGACAUUAUUGUCACAUUUUCUCACUCAUCUCCUCCUUCCCCUCAUCCCCCUUUCACUCACCUUUUUCACACUUUACCUUUUUCUUUGCCAUUCCCCUCCGGCAGGUGACUUAUCAAAGUUUGGUCGAGGUGACGCGUCGUCCCCGGCGCCGGCCACCACAAUGGCCCAGCAGACACAGCAGAACCAGAGCCAGACGCAUCACACCACGCAGCAGCCUUUCCUUAACCCAGCGCUUCCCCCCGGCUACAGCUACACCAGCCUGCCCUACUACACCGGCGUGCCGGGCCUGCCCAACACCUUCCAGUAUGGCCCCGCCAUGUUCCCGGUGAGAUUUCACAUGCUUUGUCUGGGUGUUGUUUUGGAUGUUUUUUAAAAAAUUAUAUUAAGUUUAUGAAGUUAACAAGAGUAUGUUCUCCUGAUACAUGUAGAAAUGCAUGUUGUGCAAAUGCAUUUUGUAAUAUGACAUGCAAACUGUCCUAAUUUAUAAUUGGGGCACAAAUGUACUACAAACAGUUUUUCACUUCAAUUGUGAGAAUUCAGUAUGCUGUAAAAGGAAUUGAAAUAGCAUGUGAUAGCAGCUGAUAUUUUAAAUACGCUAGACAACUAAUUGUAUUAGUUUCACCUCUAACCUGUCUGUGUGUUUCUAGGUGGCUCCUACCUCGUCGAAGCAGCACGGUGUGAACGUUGGAGUCAAUGCCUCGGCAACUGCCUUCCAGCAGGCCAGCGGCUACGGUUCCCAUGGUUACAACACUGGUAUGACUCAACACACACCCCGAGGACACACCCUGUGGAACGGCAUCUGUUCAGGGGUCUUUCAGUUCAACUCUUUACACUGUACAUACUGAUAGAAUGGCUAUCAACACUGCAUGCAACUGACAGUCAGUUUAGUUGACAAUGUGUGCUUUCACGUUUAUAUUUAAUAAGCCUCUCACAUUCAAAGGUUUGUUGGGUUUGAAUGCAACAUUUGCCUGUGCCUAAGCCUGCUAAGGCUGACAUUGCCCACAUUACCUGUCUACAUCAACCGCUCUUCAACAUGGUUAGUGGAUGAAACGGCACUAACUCCAACCUUUCUAAUCAGGCAUGCAUAGCCACAUCAGGGUUUCCGUUAGCCGGUAAUAGCCGGCUUUUGGCCGUUCAAAAAUGGAAAAGCUGAUUAAUAAAAUUAGCAACGGCCAAUUGUCCGGGAGAAGAGAGAUCCCACUGUUAAGUAAUGUUUUUUUGCCUAUUCAUUGAUGGAAAUGCCAGUUGAUGUAAAUACAUUUGACCGGUCAUGCUUAUCGGUCUAUGGGUUAAUUUGCAUAAUUAUGUAGAAUAAAAUUGGCGUGUGUGUAUAUUCGUUAUGUAUCUUAUCACAUGCAGAGACAGCAUACAGAUACAGAGCCUUUGAGCGGAAAAUCUGUCAGACAGCUCUUUUAUAAGCCCACUGAUUGCGCAACAAUUCUAAAUGCAAUCGUGUGUUAAAUUUUUUUUGUUGGGCCACGAUUUAAGAGCAAUUUUUAUUUCUCAACUGGUAAUUGAAGCGCGCUUCGCUUUGAGCUGGAGGCAGUAUGCAUUUUGAAAACAUAUAUAGUUACUUAAUUGUUUGAAAUCUGAACAUUUUACUACAAAUUUAUGAGGUAUGUUUUACCUUGCUUCAAAAGUAGCCUAGGCAAAAUCCGACCAUAUCCGUGGAGGCAAUUAUUUUAUAAAGACUUCCAUAUGACAUUGAAACCAGUAGCCUAUUUCUCUCAUGUUCUAUUGGUUUUCAACUUUCUUUCAUUGUCCGGUAGCCAAAUGUUCAUUCGCGCGUUGCCUACUGCCUGGUGCGCAUUGCUGUGCUAAUAAUGUUAAGAAAUUGUGUAUCAACAUUUUAAGCUAAACGUUCAGAUCUGUUGCAUCAGAUUCAUUGCUUUAAAAAAGUAUAUAUGUUGCCGAGGCCUACUGGUUGUAUGAACUUUGGAUCUAUCGUCCCACAACUGUCCCAGGGUCUGAUUGGCCUAUUUCUUUCUGGACAAGUGAAACUUUUCUACUAUGGGGACUAGUAGAUUGACAUGGCUCAUAAGCGGCGCAUCCAUAAGCCUAGGGGAAGCUUUCCUUAAGUACAUUUGAUUCAAUUGCCAAAAUUAUGUAGCCUAAUUAGCCUACUCCUGUCUAUACAGAAAGAAAUAAAAUCAUUCAAAAUAUGCUACUAAAGCAUGAACAUACAGUGGGGGAAAAAAGUAUUUAGUCAGCCACCAAUUGUGCAAGUUCUCCCACUUAAAAAGAUGAGAGAGGCCUGUAAUUUUCAUCAUAGGUACACGUCAACUAUGACAGACAAAUUGAGUAAAAAAAAUCCAGAAAAUCACAUUGUAGGAUUUUUAAUGAAUUUAUUUGCAAAUUAUGGUGGAAAAUAAGUAUUUGGUCACCUACAAACAAGCAAGAUUUCUGGCUCUCACAGACCUGUAACUUCUUCUUUAAGAGGCUCCUCUGUCCUCCACUCGUUACCUGUAUUAAUGGCACCUGUUUGAACUUGUAAUCAGUAUAAAAGACACCUGUCCACAACCUCAAACAGUCACACUCCAAACUCCACAAUGGCCAAGACCAAAGAGCUGUCAAAGGGCACCAGAAACAAAAUUGUAGACCUGCACCAGGCUGGGAAGACUGAAUCUGCAAUAGGUAAGCAGCUUGGUUUGAAGAAAUCAACUGUGGGAGCAAUUAUUAGGAAAUGGAAGACAUACAAGACCACUGAUAAUCUCCCUCGAUCUGGGGCUCAACACAAGAUCUCACCCCGUGGGGUCAAAAUGAUCACAAGAACGGUGAGCAAAAAUCCCAGAACCACACGGGGGGACCUAGUGAAUGACCUGCAUAGAGCUGGGACCAAAGUAACAAAGCCUACCAUCAGUAACACACUACGCCGCCAGGGACUCCAAUCCUGCAGUGCCAGACGUGUCCCCCUGCUUAAGCCAGUACAUGUCCAGGCCCGUCUGAAGUUUGCUAGAGUGCAUUUGGAUGAUCCAGAAGAGGAUUGGGAGAAUGUCAUAUGGUCAGAUGAAACCAAAAUAGAACUUUUUGGUAAAAACUCAACUCGUCUUGUUUGGAGGACAAAGAAUGCUGAGUUGCAUCCAAAGAACGCCAUAUCUACUGUGAAGCAUGGGAGUGGAAACAUCAUGCUUUGGGGCUGUUUUUCUGCAAAGGGACCAGGACGACUGAUCCGUGUAAAGGAAAGAAUGAAUGGGGCCAUGUAUCGUGAGAUUUUGAGUGAAAACCACCUUCCAUCAGCAAGGGCAUUGAAGAUGAAACGUGGCUGGGUCUUUCAGCAUGACAAUGAUCCCAAACACACCGCCCGGGCAACGAAGGAGUGGCUUCGUAAGAAGCAUUUCAAGGUCCUGGAGUGGCCUAGCCAGUCUCCAGAUCUCAACCCCAUAGAAAAUAUUGGGCCAAAAUACCAGCAACAGUGUGUGAAAACCUUGUGAAGACUUACAGAAAACGUUUGACCUGUGUCAUUGCCAACAAAGGGUAUAUAACAAAGUGUUGAGAAACUUUUGUUAUUGACCAAAUACUUAUUUUCCACCAUAAUUUGCAAAUAAAUUCAUUAAAAAUCCUACAAUGUGAUUUUCUGGAGAAAAACAAUUCUCAUUUUGUCUGUCAUAGUUGACGUGUACCUACGAUGAAAAUUACAGGCCUCUCUCAUCUUUUUAAGUGGGAGAACUUGCACAAUUGGUGGCUGACUAAAUACUUUUAUUCCCCACUGUAAAUUCUCAACUUAAUUGAACGAAAAACAGUCGGCCUUUUGUUAUUGGCACCAGUGGAGAGCAUUGGCCAUAUCCCCUGUGAGUGCGCACUGCACAUAUUUACUCCUUAUCCUUGUUCGACUUAAGUUUGUUUUUGGACAAUAAUUUCCUCCUCCAGUUUAGAUGGACGUCAUAUUCUAUUUGUCUCUUCUCCUCGUAGGCCUAUUAUAUGGACAACAUUGUUUUUAUUGGUAUGUUUGUCAGUGUUAGCAGAGUAGGCUAUCCUGUAAUUUGUCGUAUUAAAACAUAGUUUUAAUGUCUCCAGUCAUAUAAAGUGUAGUAGAAUUUGCAUGAAAUGUGUUUUUCCCGUGCAAAGAAAGAAACGUAUCUACUAUAGCGCAGGCCUCUACGCUAUACAUGCUCAGCCAUGCAUUGAAGUCUUUUUUGAGAACAGUGAUUGAGUUAUAUUAUUAGCCUAAAUUACGACUGUCCAAUCUACUCAUCACAUUACAAAUAGUAGGCCAUCUUACAUAAGUCUGCAAAUGCGAUGAUACAUGGGAUGCUUUAUUAUAAAGGUGCAUUUUUAUGGUGAAAAUUUGCUUCCCCAAACUUGAAACUCAAGCGCGCCUAUGCAUAGUCUAGGGAUUUUGCUGUUCGUUACUCAUCUUGUUGGCUGAGGAAAAGUAAAUAGUUAUUCUAACAUGUUCAUUCUAACAAGGACACACGUCGUUGCAUCUUUGACUUGCAUGUUAUGUUAAGAUUAAUUACCAUAAUAUACAUUUGAUUUCUGUCAUUUUGAGCACUGUGGGUGGACACCCUAAUCAGGUUAUGCCCCCAAUGCAUAUGGGUCCUUCUAAACGUAUCAAAUGUCCGGUAAAUAAAAAUGCUCCUGGUCAAUUGUCCGGCACCACAUUUUCAUAACGGGAAACCCUGAGCCACAGUCACUGAUGUUGUUGACCAGCUGGUAUGGAGCGGUUUCUGUUACUUGGAGACAAACUGCCUGCUGCCGUUGUUACCAACAAACCAUUCUAACCCACCAAACCUGGGUGCUGUCUGGUAUGGGCCAGCUAAAGAGUGAUCAGGGACCAAUAUUGAUUAUUACUUCGAGCGCUCCAUGUGAUUUCUUGGGGAUUCUUUUGAUUUUUUUUGCAGGGUGUGCAUUUGUGAAAACUUAAAAAGUUUCAAACACUGAAAUGGGAGUGGAAAUGGGAGUUGUAUGAUUCUACAACUCUCACCAUUCUUUUGAAUGGGGAAGGAUAUCUAGUUUACCCUUGUUUGUACCUUUUGUUAGUACAGUAAUAUGUUCUAUUUGAGUUGUUUUCGAGUGGAAAAGUGGACUGUAUUGAUGGCCCUCCUACUACAUAUAUUACGGGGGAGUAGGGUGGUGGGUGUUCUGUUGCUGUUGCCUAUCAUUGCAUGCUUCUGCUCAUUCAACAACUGGAGUUGGGCUUCUGGCUAUACCUUCCACCCCAUCCCACAUGGAGGUCAUCUUAAACUUCCAUGUCUCCACCCCCAUUUCUCCAACGCUAUCCUUCCAUUGUCCUAUCUCUCCCUCUAUCCACUUGGUCACACAGCACCUCUGUUAUCUGCACCACCUUUUGCUUCCUGCCUCCGCCCGACCGACCGCCCACCCCCCCUGCCUGACACCCCCGACCCCUAACCUUGCCUGGUGUGUCUAACGCUGUGGGCUGCGGCUGUGUGUCUGACUGUUUCAGGCUAUGAGGAUAUGGGCCAGGCUUCAGGGAGUGGGGAUUUCUGUAAGGGUGGAUACGGCACUGCCGUGGCCGCCGUCGCUUCUGCGCAAAACAAGCAAGCCAGCUCUGUCAGCGGGCCUGGAGUCGGUGAGUGCCGCCACACACCAACCCUCCCCUCCUCCUUCCUCCCUCGCGCCGUCAUCACCUCCAUCCUCCUUAACCUCAUCGCUGCUUACUGUCCGCACCACACAAAUGCCCAAUAAGCAGUCAACUGCCACCCUCUGUCUGCCUCCAUGCCCCAGUACUAAUCAUCAUUGGGCACCAAGGUGCUGUAGCACUUCACAGAAGAUUCAAAUAAUCAAAGCUUGAUGAUGAGUUGUAUUUGAAUCAGCUGUGUUGUGCUAGGACAAAAAAUAGUGUGCACCCCUUGGGUCCCCAGGACCAAGUUUGGAAAACACUGCCAUAGAGGCUAACUGAGUGUUUAUGUUCAAUUCUUACAUUUCUAAAGCAGUGCGAGCAAGCUAAUGGAGCGCUAACUAGCUAGCUGCUAACCAAUGAACAGUUGAUGAGUAGCCCUGGUCCAUGCACUCUGUGCUGCCAGCUUUCCACCCACGUGUGCUUGCUUAAAUGUGUUAGUGUCAGAAGUACCUCUCUACCCACUGUCCUGUGUGGUUGACACAGGAUACACACCCCAAGGGUGGUGAACGAGUGACAAAAUGGAGGCCCUGCCUGUUGAACUGCCAUGCUCUGAAAUGGGGACAGGAGACUAUGGGGUGUGAAGGUAGCAUGUUUACAAAGUGAUACUCUCCCUCAAACUCAAUAUAUUCUGUCUCAACUACAGCAGAUAAAAACUAAUGUAUUUUUUUAUGUAGAUAAAGUGAAUUUCCUGAGUUUGAUGUUAAUGCUAGGUAUCGGUAAACUGGAGUUGUCGUGUGAGUCACCGCCUGAGGUUAGAAUGUCAGGGUUUAGUUGACCCUGUCCUGCGAUUCCAUGGCGAUACAGGGGGACUAACAUAAUGUAGCAGGCGUAAAAGAAACGCCUGACUGGGUUCGGAAGAAACCGGAAGCAUCCGGUUUUCAGGCUUGCGCCUCUUCUCUGCGUUUCCCCUGAACCGGAUGUUUCCAGUUUCUUCCGUCAGCAGAGCGUGCAGGGGGACAGUUGUGUGCUAGAACAAUACGUAGCCGCCACCAGACAGUCAGACCCUCAUCGCCGUUGCUGACUGGAACUGAUACACUGACACAUCUUUCUUUGUAUCCUCCUUUUCGUUUUCCUCUCCUCCAUCUCAUCCUGUCAUUCCCCCGCUGCCUUUUUUUGCUCUCCUUCCCUUACAUUGAUGCAUCUGAUACUGUAUAUUAGCAUCUAGUGACCAUCUUCUCGAAAGUGCUGUAUUGCUCCUAUACAGCCUUGUACUGAGUUUCAAUCCAAGGUGUAUAGAUGGAGAUGGGUUACCUGACAACAUCACAAAAUCAAUGUCUGAGUUUUAGGAGCAAAUCAAACCAUGUACAAUGCAUCCUAUAGGAGCGAUAAUGGUAGCCUAUAAGAGCAAAUCAUGUGCAAGCCAUUAUAGCUAUAGGAAUGGUAUUAGAGCAAAUCAUGUACAAGCCUUUUUGUUUCUGUGUGGAGUUUCUCACCCAGUACCUAAUUAGAAUGUGAUGUAUGUUUGACAGAAUUACUUUCCAUCUAGAAACUGCUGCCUUAAUCCCGGACCACUCUGUGGCUCUGACUCCCAGGGGUUUCCAUGCCUCUCCUGCAGGGGUUGUGACCUGUAGACAUGUGAAGUAAAUGUGUCCGAACCCCUUUGUUUCCUCUGCAGGAGUCUCGGUGACGUCAAGCAACACGGGGGUCCCAGACAUUUCAGGGUCUGUUUACACAAAGACACAGCAGGUGAGAAUGAUGCUACAGUGGUAUAAACACUAUAAUAAAAUAUUAUGUUCUGAAACAUACGGAAAGGAUAUGACAACCAGUGUCUGUAUAAAAUGUUGUUUGUACAAAAACAAGUGUAAAAACCGCAGACUAGAAAAGUCAGGCGUCCGACCUUGUUGUGUUAAUCCCUCCAGCAGCAGUCUUUUGAGAAGCAGCAGGGUUUCCACGCUGGUACACCGGCAGCUUCCUUCAGCCUGCCCUCUGCCCUGGGCGGCGGUGGUCCCAUCAACCCGCCAGCCGCGGCUGGUUACGCUCCAGCUCCCUUCAUGCACAUCCUGGCACCGCACCAGCAGCCCCACUCGCAGAUCCUGCACCACCAUCUGCAGCAGGACGGACAGGUACGGUGUGUGUGAAGGCGCGUGUGUGUCACACUGUAUCUUGGAGAGAAAUAUUUGGCACAGGUUACCUUGCAUUAUGGUCUCUUCCUAUCUUCUCUUCUAACAGAGUGGUGGCACUGGACAGCGUAGCCAGAAUGCUUCGCUUCAACAGAAGACCCAGAUCAACAAGUCUGCAUACAACAGCUACAACUGGGGGGCCAACUAA